AUGAAUCGGGCGAUUCUGGAGGGCCUCAAGAAGAGGGUCUCGGGCGCGCACGGAGCCUGGGCGGACGAGCUUCCUAGUGUUCUAUGGGCAAUGCAAAUGACUCCCAAAACUGCCUCUGGGGAGUCUCUGUUUAGCCUGGCGUUCGGGAUCGAAGCAGUCCUCUCACCUGAGAUGGUGUUCUCGACUUUGCGCACCACCAACUACAAACGAGAAGACUCCGAGGAGGGCCUACGAGAAAACCUAGAUCUCCUUAAAGAAAGAAGAGCCAAGGCACACCUACAUUCCUUGGCAUACAAAAAGGCUACGACUCGGAUGUACAACCACAAAGUUAGUCCACGACUGAUCAAGGUUAGGGACCUCGUUCUUCGAAAGGCGGAGGUGCGCGACCUGACCCGAGCGAGGGGAAAACUUGCACCGAACUGGGAAGGCUCCUAUCGGGUCUACGACAUGGUCCAAGAAGGGACCUACAGACUCUAA